UAGAAACCGUGGGCAGACGUCAGAGACCGUCAGGAUCCGCCCCCCGGGCGCUAUCCCGCCUCCCUGCCGUCACCGCGGGGCGGGACCCGCUGCCACGCCCGGGGAGCGGCGCUGCCGGGGCCGGGUGUCUUUAAUAGGUGGCUGCAGUCCAACUUAUUCCCAGCGUGGAUGAUCUUGACAGUGAAUCUACUCAGCCAUGUCAUACAGUGCGGGUUUUGGGGAUCCUAAUCAACUGGCUCAACGCAUAACUUCCAACAUCCAGAAGAUCACACAAUGCUCUGCCGAAAUACAAAGAAUACUACAUCAGCUUGGAACACCACAAGACACAGCUGACUUGAGGCAACAGCUGCAACAGAAGCAGCAAUAUACCAACCAGCUUGCCAAAGAAACUGACAAAUACAUUAAAGAGUUUGGAUCUUUGCCUGCAACAAGUGAACAGCGUCAAAGAAAAAUACAGAAAGACCGUCUUGUAGGAGAGUUCACCACAGCACUAACGAAUUUCCAAAGACUCCAAAGGCAAGCUGCUGAGAAAGAAAAAGACUUCGUAGCCAGAGUAAGAGCCAGCUCAAGAGUAUCUAGUGGUGCUCCUGAAGAUAGCUACAAAGAAGGAACACUUGUCUCUUGGGACAGUCAACCACAAGCACAAGUGCAAGAUGAAGAAAUUACAGAAGAUGACCUCCGUCUUAUUGAGGAGAGGGAAUCUUCCAUUAGGCAGCUUGAGGCAGAUAUUAUGGACAUCAAUGAAAUUUUUAAAGAUCUAGGAAUGAUGAUUCAUGAACAAGGUGAUGUGAUAGACAGCAUAGAAGCCAAUGUGGAGAAUGCAGAUGUACAUGUGCAGCAAGCAAACCAGCAGCUGUCAAGAGCAGCAAACUAUCAGCAAAGGUCCCGAAAGAAGAUGUGCAUCCUCAUUAUUAUACUUGCUGUUGGAGUAUUGCUUCUUGGAAUCAUCCUAUGGCAAAUUUUAAAAUAGGUCUCUGGAUAAGGUGUUAUAAUUGGUAUUUAAAUUAUGAAAGGAAAUGGUUUGCUCAUUGUGAAGCUGAGUGAAAUAAUGGUUCUGUACUUCAUCACUUCAUCACAUUUUCCUAUCAGACUUUUUGUUCUCAGUAGUACUGUCAAUAUGGCUGCCUGCCCUCUUGGAUGUGCAUAUUGUCUUACCAGAAAAAAAAAAAAAAACCAAAAAAAAACAACAGUCAAGGUCAUACACUGUUCCAUUAACUUAAACCUUAAAAGGUUUUUGUGUUUACAGGGCUAGUCAAUAUCCCGGUAAUUUGUUUUGAUGGGGUGGGUAAUUAUCUUUUGGGAUAUUGGGAAAUGUUGCUGCCAAAACAAACUCCUGAGUUGUUGCUUGAGGCAAUGAAUUCACAUCUCAGAAUUUAUUUUUAAGUUAGAAAUACCUUUUUGUCUUUCUCUUCCAUUGCACUCACCAGCCCUUUAGAUAUGGGUGGUUAAAAAAUAAAAUAGAGGUUGCUGAAGUUGGUGUAAUCUCUCUUUUAUAACUGAAGCCUUUGAAUUAAGCCUUCAGUUUGCCUGAAGUCUUUUAGGUGGUUCAUACAAAGUCUGAUGCACAAAAAAAGUGACUGUGCCUGUAACUCUUUGUUUAACAAAUUCAGAAAAUCAACUACAAUCACCUUCAAAAUAGUUCCCGUGUGAGUUGACACAAAGCUACACAAGAUGCUGCCAAUGUUCAAGCAGUUCCAGAGAUAAUUUUCUGAAAGGCUGUUUAGGGUUUCUGUUUUUUCUUUUCACAUCUUCUACUGAUGAAAAUGGGUUCCUUUGAGUACUGAUUAAAAAAUGCAUGCAUGAGACAUGCAUUUUUCACUGUAUGACUCAGUCAAUAAUUGAAAAGUUUGUCACUAGUUUCUUUAGUUUCACAAGAAACUUGAUGUUACCUUGCUGUUCACUGUUGCACACCAACAUUUUCCAAGCAAGGGUAAGCAAGCAUCUGUAUUUGAACACGUCUGCUCGCACUUAGUGAAGCGAUCAAGCUGAGCCUUGUCUCGCUGUGACAGGCUAGAACAUGUUCUGAAACCAUCUCUGUCUCUCCCCUCUCACACUUGGUUCCUGAGCCAAGGGGUCAGUCUCAGGGGUUUUUGUGUCAGACCUCGUAUACAUGGCAUUGACUAUGGUUAUACCUGGAAGCCUCCUGCAAAGAUAGGUAAGGGUGGAUGAUGUAAUUAUGUGGAUUUUUUGUUUCAGUUCUUGAAUUAAGAAAAUCUUUGGGUUUUGUGUGCAUAUCCGGUAUCUUUGCAUCUGAAACAUGCAUCAGUGAGCUAGCCUGGAUGAAAUGAAGCUCUAGUCUGUGAAUUCUUAGACUUAGUGGGAAGAAGAGAAAUUCCCAGCUUCCUAACUGCACUUGAAUGUCACUGUUCUGAAACUGCUGUGAUUUGGUUUCCAUGAACAGUUACAAAGUUGUAUGUGAGGUCUUUCUUACAGCUGAAGAAGAGAAGAUUGCAAGUUCAGUUCCAAAUUCAGAAAUGGUAUUUGAAAUUAAGUUGAAUCAGUUGAACUGAUUCAAACUCUUUUAGACAUUUUAUGCUUAUAACCUUUAAAAUGACCCUUUUCCUUUUGUGCUAUUUUGUACUAAUCUAUUAAAAAAGUAACAAUUUUGCCAAUUAAUCUAUUUGCCUUUUUAAUUUAUCUUGAACUAAUCUGAAAAGUGUACAGAUGAAAAAGUCACUUAAGCUGUAUUUUAUAAAGUUCUUGUAUACUAGAAUUGGUAGAGAAUGCACUGUUUACAUGGUGAGCUAUGAAAUAUUAUUUGGGAGAAAUCUAACUGUAAGUAUAAAUGGACUUCAAAAUUGUAACCCUGAAACCAAAAUAAAUGUCUUUUAAAGAUUAU